CCCAGCGCGCAUGCGCCGACCGGUAGCGGCGGGGCGAGCGCACCAAGAUGGCGGCGGCCGAGGGCGGCGGGGCGCGGCCGGACACGGCGGUGCAGCGGGCAGAGCUGAGGGCGCUGCUGGCCACGGCGCUGCGCCCGGGGGAGGCCUGGUACCUGGUGGACAUCUCCUGGUUCAAGCAGUGGAAGAAGUUCGUGGGCUUCGACAGCUGGGACGCGUUCGGCGCGGGCGACCCGAACCUCUUCCCCGGGCCCGUGGACAACUCGGGGCUCUUCAGCGAUGCAGAAACGCAGAGCUUAAAAGAACACCUCAUCGACGAGCUAGACUACGUGCUGGUUCCCACUGAAGCCUGGAAUAAGUUGGUAGCGUGGUAUGGCUGCAUAGAUGGACAGCAGCCCAUUGUGAGAAAAGUAGUAGAAUACGGUCUGUUUGUGAAGCACUGCAAAGUUGAAGUUUAUCUUCUUGAACUGAAGCUGUGUGAGAGCAGUGAUCCUGACAACGUAAUCAGCUGCCACUUCAGCAAAGCGGAUACCAUCGCCACUAUUGAGAAAGAAAUGAGAAAACUAUUUAACAUCCCAGCUGAGAAGGAAACUAGGUUAUGGAGCAGGUAUGUGAGUAACACUUUUGAGCAGCUCAGCAAGCUGGAUAGCACUGUGCAAGAUGUGGGCCUGUAUCAUGGGCAGGUUGUUCUAAUAGAAGUGAAAAAUGAAGAUGACACCUGGCCCAGACAGCAUUUCCUGGCAAAAUCAAGCACUGCAACUAGCAGAAACUUUACUACCUCUUCAAAAUCAUCAGCGAGUUCUUAUUCCUCAGUGUCUGCCACUUCUGUCAUUACUAAUGGUGAUAGCAGUAACUCCUAUGGACUGAACAGCUCCCACCUGGGCAGGGGAGGUUCUGGAUUUGCCUGCAACUCUUACAGCUGUGGGGACUCUGCUUCCCUGUCACAACCUGGACUUUGUGGACUCAGUAACCUUGGGAAUACCUGCUUCAUGAAUUCUGCAUUACAGUGUCUGAGCAAUACCCCUCCUCUGACUGACUAUUUCCUGGAAGAUAAAUACGAAGCUGAAAUAAAUCAGAACAAUCCCCUGGGGAUGAGAGGAGAAAUUGCAGAAGCCUAUGCAGAGCUCAUUAAACAGAUUUGGUCUGGGAGACAGUCUCACGUGGCCCCACGCAUGUUUAAAACACAGGUUGGCCGGUUUGCUCCUCAGUUUUCAGGAUACCAGCAGCAAGAUUCCCAGGAGCUGUUGGCUUUUCUUCUGGAUGGUUUACAUGAGGAUUUGAACAGAGUGAAGAAGAAGCCCUACUUGGAGCUGAAGGAUGCUAAUGGCAGACCUGAUUCGGUGGUAGCAAAAGAGGCCUGGGAGAAUCAUAGGCUGAGGAACGAUUCUAUCAUUGUGGAUAUUUUUCAUGGUCUCUUCAAAUCUACACUUGUUUGUCCCAAGUGCUCUAAAGUUUCUGUGACCUUUGAUCCCUUCUGUUACCUAACCCUUCCACUGCCUCUGAGGAGAGAUCGUCUCAUGGAAGUCACCCUGGUAUACGCAGACCCGCAGCGCAGACCUGUCCAGUACCGGGUCGUGGUGCCAAUGAUGGGGGCCAUCUCAGAUCUGUGUGAAUCACUCUCCAGAAUUUCUGGGGUUCCUGCAGAAAAUAUGGUGGUGACAGACGUGUAUAAUCAUCGAUUCCACAAAAUCUUCCAAAUGGAUGAAGGUUUAAAUCAUAUCAUGCCAAAAGACGACAUCUUUGUAUACGAAGUUUGCAAGCCAAGUGAGGAUGGCUCAGAGUACAUCACUCUCUCCGUUUACUUUCGGGAAAAGACAAUGAGGCAAUCCAGCAAUACUUCAGGCACCGUUCUGUUUGGGCAGCCACUACUGAUAUCUGUGCCGAAACACAAGCUCACUGUGGAUCACUUGUACGUUGUAGUUUUGGAGCAGAUCAGUCGCUAUGUGAAACUCCCAUUGGCAGAAGAAUACUCUACGCCCUGCCCGGACAAAGGAACCUGCAAUGGCUCCAGCAGCGUGGCUGAAGGUGACAUUGAAGAGAUGGACCAUCAGGAUGGCGGACAGGAAGGCAAGGAAAAGUUGACAGAAAUUGAAUGCCACUCUGAUGGUUGCAUGCAGAUUGAGUCAACAAGAGACCUGCAGCCUUGCAAAAAGCAGCACUUCACUUUUAGCCUUGUGAAUUCGUAUGGGACUUCUGAGAUAAACUCCAUUGUGGAAGGAAAACUCUUGAAAUUGAACGCUUUUUCUACGCUUGCUAUUGACUGGGAUUCUGAUACGCGGAGGCUACUCUUCGAUGAACAGGAGGCACAGGCAUUUGAAAAGCAUUCAAGUUUGUUACAACCACAGAAGAAGAAGGCUGUAGUAGCUCUCAGAGACUGCAUAGAGCUCUUUACUACUAUGGAAACGCUUGGUGAACAUGACCCUUGGUACUGCCCUAACUGUAAGAAACAUCAACAGGCCACAAAGAAGUUUGACUUGUGGUCUUUGCCCAAGAUCUUGGUAGUUCAUUUAAAACGCUUCUCAUACAGCAGAUACUGGCGGGAUAAACUUGACACUGUUGUUGAAUUCCCUAUCAGGGGUUUAAACAUGUCUGAGUUUGUCUGUGAUCCAAGAAGAGGCUCGUACAUCUAUGACCUUAUUGCAGUUUCCAAUCACUAUGGAGCCAUGGGAGUAGGCCACUACACUGCCUAUGCCAAGAACAAAGUGAAUGACAAGUGGUACUACUUCGAUGACAGCAGCGUAUCCGUGGCUUCAGAAGACCAAAUAGUGACAAAAGCUGCGUAUGUGCUGUUCUAUCAGCGCCGAAACAGUGAAGAACAUACUGCUCCGUCUCCUCCCCAAGAAGAGUGUGAUGGCAUGGAUACCAACUAAGUGUCGCAAUCGCCCCCCGCCCAGCACUCGCCCACCGUGUUAGCGGUCACUCUUCUAAAGCUAUGUCUGAGGCAUCUGAAAUUUUUUCUUCCUUCUGUAGGAUUUGAGCAGAAAACAUAGCACUGAAAGAUUCAGUGCUUGGGGUUGCAGAAUAGCACUGGAGAGUCAGGAAUAGGUACUGACACUUGUAUAUUUAGAGGGCAAAAAUAACAUAUAUUGGAGCUUUGAUAAAGUUCUUUUUAAAAAUCUGGCUGAGCUGUGUGGCUAGAGGCCGAGGUCAGGGCUGAGCCGGGCUGAGGGCUGUAGCUGGGGUUGAGGAGAGUAAGAAUUGGAGGUCACAGCUGAAUGUUGUGGGGCCCAUGGAGUGGCAGGUAAGAUUCUCUGAAUUGGUACAGGGACUUCCUGUAAAUCCUCUGAUGUUGCUGAUACCCCAAGCCCCCCCGCCCCAUGCCAGGGAGGUAUGUGCACCCUUUCUGGAAGCUCUCAGUUCAAAUCUGCAUCCAUCUGGCUUGCCUGUUGCCAUCUCUGCCGUUGUACUUCAGUUCCCUUGCCAAGCAUCAAGAGUUUCUCCUUCCUGCAUCCUUUCAUCGGCUGAUGCAUUUCAGAACUCUACUGGGCAGUUUUGACUCAGCCUUGUAAAUGUGAACACCGCAUCCUGCCGUGUGGGUAAUUUUCCUGGAAGUAAAUUGUACCUGGCCGCAUGGCUGGGGCAUGCGUGGGCUUGGCUGCACAGUGGCUGCAGGAUACAGCUCGUAGACCUCUGGCUCCUGUUCUUCACUGAAGAAAAUAUCACCUGUAUGGCUGUCCAUUUCUUGUCCUCUCAAUCUAUCUCCUACAUCCCUCAUGCCACCUCCAGGCCACUCUAAGGACUUCCCUGCCUCUGCCAUUUCUCCACGGUUUGUGUGGUUGCAGCACUUGUAUUUUUUAUUUUUAGCUCAUUUAAGUGUCUCCUUGGAGCUUUUACUCUGGUAAGGCUCAGCUCUGUCCCCCAAAGCUGUUGCCUGUAAGGAUGCUAGCCCAGUGCAAUGGAUUGUCUGAGGUUU